AGAUUGUUAGGCUCUGUGGUGUUCAUCCACCGCCAAGAGCUAAUCACCACUCUGUACAUCGGCUUCCUUGGACUGAUUUUCUCGUCAUAUUUUGUUUACCUGGCCGAAAAGGACCAUGUCGCACCAGAUGGACGGCAAGCUUUCACUAGCUAUGCGGACGCCUUGUGGUGGGGAGUGAUCACAAUGACCACCAUAGGCUAUGGCGAUGUGGUCCCACAGACCUGGCUCGGCAGGAUCGUCGCCUCUUGCUUUUCGAUCUUUGCUAUCAGCUUUUUCGCUUUACCGGCGAUCAAGCUUGCUGAACAGCUCGAAGAAAAGCCGCCCCAGCGCUGCAAGCGUAGACUUGGAAAUGGGCGAAAGAAAAAAGGACAAGGACAGAAACAGCGACGUGGAGGACGAUCGCGUAUUCGGCAUAUUUGCGACCUGACCAAGCAAUACAAAGAUGCCAUACGAGCGAUCAGGAAAAUCAAAUACUUCGUAGCUAGAAGGCGAUUU